GUCAACAUCACUAGAUCUUAAAACAAAGCAACGAAAACAUGUUGCCAAGGCACUUCUUGACGUUUCUUUUUGGAGUUGUGCUUGUGGUAGCCAUAGUUAUGGUUCAAGCACAGCCACCUGAUGUGGACACAUCAGGUAUUCGUCCAACUAGGAGGCCCCCACCAACGAGGAGACCACCCCCAACUAGAAGACCCCCACCUACAAGAACCCCACCCACAAGGAGGCCACCUCCUACUAGAAGACCCCCACCUACAAGAACUCCACCAACUAGGAGACCCCCUCCUACAAGGAGGCCACCCCCAACUGAGAGACCUACUAGAAGACCAACAAGGAGACCACGAGCAGUAACACCGCCGAGACCUCGUCCAUGUACUAAGGAACCGUUAAAAUGCACCACUGCCGGUCCGUCAUUGUGCGUGCGUAGUCGAAAUGGCAGACUCUGCCGACGAGUGGCUAAUAGGUGUGCAUUACGCAAUCUGAACUGUCAAACUAGGCCGCGUAAUAACUGGUCAAUUGUAAGGCAGAGACGUUGCGGUGAUCUUAAAAUCGGUGCACGUCCUGAGAAAUGUGAAGACGACUAAUAAGGAAAUGAUGGAUGAUCAAUAUCGAUGCC